AGGUACCUGCGCUCAAACAACAUUCCGUCAAUCAAAAUUUCAAAAUGGACAAGAACGCAGUUGUUCCCGACGUAAUAGAAAAACUUCCCGAAAAAAACCUGAAAGUGAAGUAUGGUACGAUCCAAUUCACUACUGGUGACACCUUGAAGCCGGCGCAAGUAAAAAACCCACCAGAACUAGACUGGGAGUCCGAUGCGAACGCCCUGUACACAGUUUGUAUGACAGACCCAGACGCGCCAAGCAGAAAAGACCCCAAAUUCAGAGAGUGGCACCACUGGUUGGUGGUCAACAUACCGGGGAAGAACAUCAAGGAUGGAGAAACUUUGACAGAGUACGUUGGGGCAGGACCUCCCAAAGGUACGGGGUUACAUCGCUAUGUCCUGCUGGUUUAUAAACAGGACGCUAAAAUAAAAUGCGAUGAGAAACGAUUGGGCAAUAAUUCUGGAGCUGGCAGGGGAAAGUUCUCAAUCAAGAAUUUCGCUAAGAAAUAUAAUUUGGGUAAUCCUAUAGCUGGCAAUGUUUUUUUGGCUGAGUGGGAUGAGUAUGUCCCAAAGCUACAGAAGCAAUUAUCUGGAUAAUUUUUAAACACUUAGAUUAUAGUUUUGAAAUACUCAUUCACCUGAGAUGUAAUGAUAAUAAUUAACAAUAAAGAGAUUACAAAAUGCAAUCAA